CCCCCCCCCCCCCCCCCCCACCCCCCCCCCCCCCCCCCCCAAAACCCCCCCACGCCGCCCAAGAUACGCGGUGAGGCCAAUAUUUUUAUAGCAUUCUACUCUCCAUAAAAGCACGAAAAAUUUUACGUAUCGGCUUUGGAAAAUAUUGUCCCGUUGUUGAGAAAAUUUAUCUUUUUGAAACAGGUAGCAAAAAACAAGGAAAUCCACUUGUAUUUUGCAGUUUUUACCGUCAAACUUCCAGUUUUUGCAAAACCAACGCCAUAUUUGAAAUCAGCAUCAAAAACUGAAUUGAUUGAUGCGUGUUUCAAGAUAUUUGGACAAUUUUCAUUUUUUUCGAAUUUUUCGACCGAGAUGUUUUUAUGGCGAAUAGUAUGAUAUAAAAAAAUUGAUCUCAUCUCGUAUCUAGAGAGACCAGAGAUAUUUUGCGCCAACAUAAACGGAAUUUUGGCUAUUGAUGAAAAACUAAACCUUUUUAGAACAUAUCACAUGUGAAUAGUAUCGAAACACCAUUUUUCAGAUUCAAUUUUUCACGGAGAACAAGAAUGAAAUACUUCCAAGGUUCCCAAACACAUAGUGUUCAAGUUUUACGUUCGUUUUUAAAAGAUGAGCCGUUUUCCAAAGUUUUAAAAUUUUCAGCUUUUUUAAAUAUUCGGCAUAAAAAUUUUGAUUCGAAUGAUUAAAACACACACAUUCUUGUUCAGGUCGACGAGCUCUAUCCAACCAAAACUUUUGUUUAAGUUUUGAAUUUCCGGCGCCUAAUUUUUAUCAUAUAACUUCAUCUCUAUCAUUUGCGGAAUAAUGUCCUAAGGUUUCAAUGACCAAUCGUCGAUCCUUUUUUAGUGAACAGACAAGUUUAACUGGGAAAAUACGUAAAUGUCCAUUACCUCAUUGAGUGUCUCGAUGGCGAGAAAUUAAUUUAUGAAUUAUUUGUACAUUCGUUUUGGUUUUUCAUUUAGAUGAGUUAUGGGUUCCUUGUGUUCAUGUUUCUGUUACCCACAAAAGGUCAUAACACCUAUUCCUGUGUUUUCUCCACCGAAAAAAGUAGAAACGCAUAACCCGGAACCACCGAGAAGAGUACAAACUAUUCAGCUCCAGUCCCCAGCACCCGUUAUUUUAGUCAAAUCUCAAACUCGUACUCCUCCGGCACGUCGGCGAUCUCAUCAAACUUCACAGGGACAAAAUGUCGAAGAUUUGGUUCUAAUUUGGCUUGACGUUGAUUCGAAUAAAACCGACGAUGAUGUGAUAUUGAAUAAAUUACGUUCAAUUGUUAAUUAUAUAAAAAUAUUUGAUCAAUUAGAUGAAUGUAUUAACUACAUAAAAAGUAUUACGAAUGAAAAAAUAUUUUUAAUUGUUUCUGAUCAGCUUUCGAAACAACUUAUUAUUCGUGUUUAUAAUGAACCACAAAUUGAUUCAAUUUAUGUAUUUUCCUCCGACAGUACAGCUAUAGUCGAGCAUCAUUUAUACGCUAAGAAACAUGAAAAAAUUCGUAACAUAUAUACCAGCAUCGAUCCCUUAUGUAAACAAAUGAAAUGGGACACCGAAGUAUGUUUAAAUGAUUUAAUAAGUGUUGCAUCAAUAGCUGAAAAAAUAAAUAUUGGUGAUAAUAGCACAUUUAACAAUCAAGAAACAUCAUUUAUGUACUUGCAAUUAAUGAAAGAAAUUCUUGUUAAUAUGGAAUAUGCGGAAAAUACUAAAGAAGAGUUUGUUGAAUUUUGUCGUGACCGUUAUAAAAAUAAUCCACGUGAACUUGAAUCGAUUAACGAAUUCGAACAAGACUAUUCACCCAAUGAGGCUAUUACCUGUACAUGGGAAGACUGUCUAUCGUGGUCAAGGAAUGAGAAUGUUCAUUAA